AGCGCCGACCCGAAUCAUUAACUAUUAAAAAAGAACAAACUUUUUACGCCCCGAAACUCUGAAACGAGUGAUGUCGACGGAGCCCCUGUCUGCCCCCAAGAAAGACAACAAGUCGGGCACUGAAAAUGUGGCUUUGGAGAGAGAGAGAGAGAGAGAGAAAGGGGGGAGUCUGCUUUCAACCUGAUCAGAAACUUGGUUUCUGACGGGAGCGCGCCCCGCCCUCCUGCUCCUUAUAACCGGAGAGCCUGUUCGUCGAGCAGCUCGAACACAACCGGGACGCAGGGAGAGACCACGCCGCCGCACAUGAGCCCAUUCUCGGAGACGCGACUCUGGCUACAAAGACCCCCCCCCCCUUUCGGAUUAACGCUGGUUGUUUUCACUCUCUCUCUUUCUUUCUUUUUUUUUUUUUUUUAAACGGCAAAAAGCGACCGACCCAGAAGUGGCCAUGGAUUUUCUCAACCACAGCUACUUGAACGCGCGCAGCCCCUACGACUACACCUUCAAUUUCUGGAACGACUACCUGGGGCUGACGACGCUGGUGACGAAGAGCCACAAGCUCAGCAUGCCCCAGAAUCCCAACUCCAUCACCGAGUCCCUGAAGGCGACGCUGGGCCUGGACGACUCCCCGCCCUGCCCGUGCGUAAUCGCGGGCGGCGCCGGCGACGGCGCGCACCUGGACUGCUGCUGCCCGUCCGGCAGCCCGCCGCCGGCCUCCAUCCUGGACCUGAAGGAGCGCUUCGCCAUCCUGAGCCCCUUCCAGAACCAGCUGGGCGUCCCGCUGCCGGAGCGGGAGGUGGGCUUCGGCGGCAGCUUCGCCGGGUUCGACCUGUUCGGCAUGGAGCGCAAGAUGCGCAAGCCCGCGGCCAGGAGCAAGCAGGAGCCCAAAAUAUGCGUCUUCUGCCGGAACAACGGGGCGCCGGAGGAGGUGUACGGCUCCCACGUGCUGAAGACCCCGGACGGCCGGGUCGUGUGCCCCAUCCUGAGGGCGUAUACGUGCCCACUUUGCAGUGCCAACGGGGACAAUGCCCACACGAUCAAAUACUGUCCGCUGUCCAAGGACCAGCCGUCCCAGCGACCGUUAAAGGGGGGCAGGGCGGUGGGUGGUAAGAGGAUGAAAAUAUUCUAGGACGAGACGAGACUAUAAAAGUAAAUUUAAUUGCACUGAACAUUUUUUUUUUCUCUCCAGAUGACUGUUUUGAUUUUGGCUCUGUAGCCUUUAAUCCCAGUUUCAUACAAAAACAUAUUGAUUUUUUUUUUUAAUCUUUUGAUUUCCUCUAAGAUCUCUUUAUAUUUUUAUAGUUCCUUUUAUCCACAUAGAAAUAAUUUUAUGCUUUAUAUACAUUCAAUUUAUUUUUCUUUCCUUCUAGUUUGUAGCCAUUUGAGCGUGUGCAUAUAACACACAAACACACACACACACCUUAUAUGUAUCAAUAAUCACAAAGUGUGAAUAAAUUAAACAAAACAUUUACAAAAACAAAAACAAAAAAAGUAUUUUGGUCCAAGUCGGGGAAAACACACUUGACAUUGGCAAAAGGGGGAUGAAUGUCAUAUUUCUACCAAGUAUUUUUGUACGCUGAGCUAAGCUCGCUGCGAUUUUUCCUUUUUCUCGUCUUAUAUAGAAAACCAAAGUUACGUUUUUGCCAUUAAAGAAGCUCAAGAAUG